AUGUCAUCAAAAACACCCGAUAUUAUUAUUCUUAAUAAUAAACCAUCUUCCAGCAUGACUGAAGAAUUUUCUAAAUUGAUGAUCACGUUACCAAUUCAUCAACAAAAAAUUCAACUUAAAUUAGAUUCUCAUUGUAAUGAGGAUGCCGACAUUAUACAAAAUUGUUUGGCUUUACAUAUUGGUUUGUCAUUAGUUGAAUUCGUACUUCAAGAAUGUCCACAAUGCGCAUAUUGGUUAAAAGAUCAUUUUUUACCAUCAAAUCAUAUUCUGUUUACAACGGAAGUGAAUCCAUCAAAUAGUCAGAUUGAUGAAAUGUUUAAUAUAACCCAGGUCGAACGAUACGGUCCGCCAUACGGCCGUAAUAAUGGGCACAGAAAUACGGACCGUCACUCCAUUAAAAUAGAUCCGUAUACGGUCGUAAUGUCACAGUAUACAGCUCUAUGUUAA